UGGCAUUCUGUCUAAUGCUAAAAAGUCAGAAACAAAUCCUGAAAAUAAUUCAAUUUUAUUGCAAGUAAUCAUGGCUUCGGAGCGGUAUAGUUUUUCUUUAACAACUUUUAGCCCUUCUGGAAAACUUGUCCAGAUCGAGUAUGCCUUAGCUGCUGUAGCUGCCGGAGCCCCUUCAGUUGGAAUCAAGGCUUCAAAUGGGGUUGUGAUUGCUACAGAGAACAAACAUAAAUCCAUUCUUUAUGAUGAACAUAGUGUUCACAAAGUGGAGAUGAUAACCAAGCAUAUUGGGAUGAUAUACUCUGGAAUGGGACCAGACUACCGCCUUUUGGUCAAGCAGGCCCGUAAAAUGGCUCAGCAAUACUAUCUUGUCUACCAAGAGCCCAUUCCAACUGUUCAACUGGUUCAAAGAGUAGCUGCUGUCAUGCAAGAGUAUACUCAGUCAGGAGGUGUGAGGCCUUUUGGGGUUUCUCUGCUCAUUUGUGGAUGGGACAGUGAUAGGCCUUACUUAUUCCAGUGUGAUCCAUCUGGGGCAUAUUUUGCAUGGAAGGCCACUGCCAUGGGCAAAAAUUAUAUCAAUGGAAAGACUUUCUUAGAGAAGAGGUAUAGUGAAGAUCUUGAACUAGAUGAUGCAGUUCAUACAGCAAUUUUGACUCUGAAAGAGAGUUUUGAAGGACAGAUGACUGCUGACAAUAUUGAGGUAGGAAUUUGUGAUGCCAGUGGAUUCAGAAGACUGGACCCAUCUCAUGUUAAAGAUUACCUAGCUAAUAUUCCAUAAUUUGAUUGAUUUCCUGAUGCUGAUUUUAAUUUCCAUUAAAUAAUCUUCUUGUAUUGUAUUCUCAUGUAUUUUGUAUGGAGUAUAGUAAACAAUUACUUAUUAAAAUGGUUGGAAAAGAA